UAAGUUGGAUCGUAUCUCGGAGUGUCUCUGAAAAAAAAAAGAAAAAUAAAAAAAGUACAAUUGAGUUAAUUGUGAGAAAAAGAAAUAAAAGAUUUAAUUAAUUAAAUGAAAAAUUGUCACCAAGCAGAAGACAAAUUAUUUAAUUUAAAAAUUAACGCGCAUUUUUUUUUUUUUUGAUGUCUUAGUGCAAAGUUGAACAAAUAAAAAAGACAUAAAGCGCCAAUACAUCGUAAAAAAAUAUAAAGAUAAUAAUUAACAAAGUAAGACGUUUGAUGUGAAUUGUGAACAAACAACAGGUUUUUUGCAUAUCUUUUUACACAAUACAACACAUGUUUUAAAAGCACUUGAAACUCGCACUCACGACACGGCACACAACACAAGAAGACCAUAAAAUUGCAUUAUUCUGCAGUUCGCCGUGUGUUGCUCGGUACCUCUGUGGUAGCCUAAUAAAUAUUGUAUAAAAAAAAAUAAUAAAUAAAAUAAAAAAAUUACCUAAUAGGUGAAUAAAUACGAGAGAACGAGUGAAGUGGCAUAUAAUAAUUAAUAAUUUUUUUUUUGUAUGUUAAUUUUUCUGCAAUUGGGUCUAAAGGUGAACUAUUGAGAUCUUAAAAAUGAUGCCGAUAAAUUUCUAAAAAAAAAAAAAUAAUAAAAAAACACAAAAAUGAAUAAAAUGACAUUUAAUCGAAGGAUCAGUGCCCUUCAAGUCACCCAAAAAAUGGUGUUAAUGUGCGUUAUGCACCUGAUUGCCAUCGCAAUAUGGCAAAAUUCCGCUGUUGCAGCAUUUAAGUCGUCGUAUACGAAUGUCGUCGGCAGCAACAAAUACACAAAGCUGGCAAAUAAUCAACAGGAAAUGGAACUGGAUUACAGAGAAAUGAGAGUUUGCGUUGGCACAAAUGGUCGAAUGUCGGUUCCUGCGAAUCGCGAUUACCAUUACAAAAAUCUCCAUGAUCGCUACAUCAACUGCACCUACGUCGAUGGCAACUUGGAGUUGACUUGGAUCCAAAAUGACACGUAUGACUUGAGUUUCCUUCAUCAGAUCCGCGAAGUCACGGGCUACGUACUAAUUAGUCAUGUCGAUACAAAAGAUGUCAUCUUGCCAAAAUUACAAAUUAUUCGUGGCAGAACGCUGUUCAAAGUGAACGUGAUGGAAGAGGAAUUUGCACUUUUUGUGACGUUAUCGCAAAUGCACACUUUGCAACUGCCAGCGUUACGGGACAUUUUGAGCGGUAGUGCGGGAAUUUUCAACAAUUACAAUUUGUGUCACAUUAAGACGAUCGAUUGGUACGAAAUCCUUACGGGACCUGGAGCGCAAAUCAAGUACAGUUACAACUUUACGUCGCCGGAACGCGAAUGCCCAUCAUGCGAUAAGUCGUGUCACGGGGGAUGUUGGGGCGAGGGACCUCAUAAUUGUCAGAAAUUCAGUAAAGUAAAUUGUCCGGCGCAAUGUGCUCAGGGAAGAUGUUUCGGACCAAAUCCACGGGAUUGUUGUCAUUUGUUCUGCGCAGGCGGAUGUACAGGCCCAACGCAACGUGAUUGCUUGGCAUGUCGAAAUUUCUACGAUGACGGCGUUUGUAAGCAGGAAUGUCCGCCGAUGCAACGUUACAACCCCACUAAUUACCUCUGGGAGCCAAAUCCAGAUGGAAAGUAUGCGUAUGGCGCUACUUGUGUCCGUGACUGCCCCAAACAUUUGCUCAAGGAUCAAGGUGCUUGCGUUCGUACGUGUCCCCCGAAUAAAAUGGCAAAAGAUGGCGAAUGUAUGCCAUGCAAUGGUGCUUGCCCGAAGACUUGUCCGGGCGAGAAAAUCGUUCAUUCGGGAAAUAUCGACAAAUAUAUCAAUUGUACCGUGAUUGAGGGAUCUUUGGAGAUCUUGGAUCAAACUUUUAACGGAUAUCAACAUGUUUAUGCCAACUUUUCCUUCGGUGAACGUUAUACGAAACUGCAUCCUGAUAGAUUGGAAGUCUUCUCAACACUGAAGGAGAUUACUGGUUACUUGAAUAUCCAAGGACAUGAUGAAAAUUUCAAAAAUUUAUCGUAUUUCCGUAACUUGGAGGUCAUUGGAGGACGAGAACUCAAGGAAAAUUUGUUCGCAUCGUUGUACAUUGUCAAAACGUCACUUCGUUCCUUGAACCUCAAAUCACUGAAAAAGGUCAAUUCUGGCUCGAUUGUCAUCGUUGAGAACCAAAAUUUGUGUUAUGCUGAGGAUAUUGACUGGAAUGUCAUUAAAAAGUCCAAAGAUCACGAUUCGGUAAUCCAAUCUAAUCGCAAUACAACCGAGUGUGCUCUUGCCGGUCAAAGUUGCGACAAAGAAUGUUCCAAAGCCGGAUGUUGGGGCGCUGGUCCGUCACAGUGCUUGGAAUGCAAGCAUUUUACGCACAAAGACAUGUGUUUGUCCUCGUGUGAUCCUCGUGCAAGAUUGUAUCAAAUUGACGCCAAAACGUGCGGUGAAUGUCACGAAGAGUGUCGCGAUUCGUGUACCGGUCCACACAACGACGAUUGUUCGGCAUGUAAAAACGUCAAAGACGGCAAAUUCUGCGUUAAACAAUGUCCUGAGAGUAAAUAUGCUGCCAGCGGUAAAUGUGAGCCUUGUCACGAAACUUGCGUUGGAUGUCGUGGUCCCCGUAACACAAUUGCUCCGGAUGGAUGCAUCACGUGCGAUAGUGCCAUCAUCAAUAACGAGACAAAAGUCGAACGAUGCUUGAAGAAAAACGACACGUGUCCCGAUGGAUAUUACUACGACUGGAUUGGUCCGCAGGCUGAUGGCGCUUUUAAACCUCUCACGAACAAACAAGUUUGUCGCAAAUGUCAUCCGUUGUGUAAGCGAUGCAAAGGUUACGGUUUCCACGAAAGUGUUUGUCUCGAAUGUGCAGGCUACAAAAUCGGCGAACUCUGUGGCAAUGAAUGCCCCAGCGAUUAUUACGCAGACAAGAAAAAUCGCGUUUGUAAUCCGUGCGAUGACGAAUGUCGCGGUUGUCAUGGCGUUGGCCCGGAAAAAUGCGAUGAAUGUCGCAACUUGAAGAUUUUCUUGGGAGAUCCGAAUGAUAAUACGACAGCGUUCCAUUGCACAGAACGAUGUCCCGAAACGCAUCCGCACAAAAUUCACGGCAAUAACGGGUUUCAUUGUGCUGCGGAGCCAAUUAGUUACAGCAUGUUGGAUGACAGCACAUCAACGGCGCAAGUUUGGAUCAUAAUUGUGUUUAUCGCUCUCGGAAUUGCAAUCACGUUCUUCUUAUUUGCCAUUUAUUACACGAAGAAAAAGAUUCGUGCCAAACAGGAAGCUGUAAAAAUGACGAUGGUUCUUGCGGGAUGCGAAGACAGUGAACCACUGAGACCCACAAAUGUCGGUCCGAAUCUCACAAAACUGCGAAUGAUCAAAGAAGCGGAAAUUCGUCGCGGGGCAAUUCUCGGUAUGGGAGCUUUUGGUCGCGUUUUCAAGGGAGUUUGGGUGCCUGAAGGCGAAAAUGUCAAAAUCCCGGUGGCAAUUAAGGUCUUGAUGGAUAUCAACAGUGCCGAAUCAAGUCGCGAGUUUUUGGAUGAAGCUUAUAUCAUGGCAUCCGUUGAACAUCCCAACUUGUUGAAACUCCUCGCUGUCUGCAUGACAAACCAAAUGAUGCUGAUAACGCAAUUGAUGCCUCUCGGAUGUCUCUUGGACUAUGUCAGAAACAACAAAGACAAAAUCGGGUCGAAAGCUUUGUUGAAUUGGUCGACUCAGAUCGCACGUGGCAUGGAAUAUCUCGAAAAUCGUCGUUUAGUGCAUCGUGAUUUGGCAGCAAGAAAUGUCCUUGUACAAACGCCUUCUUGUGUCAAAAUCACCGAUUUUGGUUUGGCCAAGUUGUUGGAUUACGGUUCGGAUGAAUAUCAUGCCGCUGGCGGUAAAAUGCCGAUAAAAUGGUUGGCUCUGGAGUGCAUUCGUCAUCGAAUUUUCACGAGCAAAAGUGAUGUGUGGGCGUUCGGUGUCACAAUUUGGGAACUUUUGACGUACGGAGCUCGUCCUUAUGACAACAUACCGGCAAACAAAGUCCCAGAACUAAUUGAAAACGGUCAGAAAUUACCACAACCGGAUAUUUGUUCGCUUGAUAUCUACUGCAUUUUGUUGCUGUGCUGGAAUUUAGAUCCGGAAGCUCGUCCCACGUUUAAACAACUCGCAGAUCAGUUGGCGGAAAAGGCACGCGAUCCCGGUCGUUAUUUGGUGAUUCCGGGUGACAAAUUUAUGCGAUUACCCUCGUACACGAGCAAAGACGAAAAAGAGUUGAUUCGAACGUUGGCGCCUAGUCUCGAUGCGGGCGGCAAUCUCGUACAAGCCGAAGAAUAUUUACAACCAAAGUCACGUAGUAGCGUGCUGCCCGAUUUUUCGAGCGAUUUGUCUGAGGAAAUUCUGAAGUCGCUGCGUUAUUCGAGCGAUCCGCUGCGAAAUACCUCCGAUGAGACUGAUAAUUCGCGCGAAGUUGCCAUCGGGAACUUGCGUCUCAACUUGCAAGUAGAUGAAGAUGAUUAUCUCAUGCCAACGACAGGUCCUAAUUAUUUGGGACUCAUUGGAGCACCUGCGAAUCCCACGAGUGUUGAGAACCCAGAGUACAUGAAGGGCACGACAAGCGAUAAUUCAUCGUCUAUUGAGACUGUAUCGACAGCACCCACGCAAACAAUUGGCAUUCCGUUGUCGCCAACAGAAACGGAACCCAUUUCAGAUCACGAGUACUACAACGACUUGCAACGAGAGAGCAAACACUUGCUGCAUCGCAAUGAAACGACGGUGUAAGAAAAAAAACCUGUAAAUAAAUUUAAAAUUAAUAGAAUUAAGGAAAAAAAAAACAAAUCAUGUGCCGAUAAAUAAGUAAAAAAUUAGAUUAAAAGAGAAGCAAUAAGACAGAAAUCGUGCCUUGCUAGAUUUUAAGCAGAAAUUUCACUCAACUUAACUUUUUUUUAAAAAAUAAUUUUAGCUUGCCAAAAGUUUUUUUAUUAUUAUUUAAAAAUUUGCCAUGCCACGAAACUAAAAAAAUACUUACAACUGAAAUUCUGUCGAAUAUAAGUUUUUUACAA